AUGUACCUGUACCCUGAAAGAGCAUUCCAAGUCCAUGGGCCCCAAGAACCCGUGGUGGCCACGCUGGGCAGUGAAACUGAGCUGCCCUGCUCCCUCUUGCCUACUCAAAAUGUUAAAAAUAUGAAAAUAAGCUGGACUAGAUCCCUACCCUCCCAGGUGGUGCACCUGUAUGAGGAUGGUAGUGACAAGCCUGAGGAAGCCAUGGAGGAGUAUUUAGGGAGGACAGAGCUUGUGAAAAAUUUCAUGGAUAAGGGGAUCGUGCUCCUGAGAAUCCUCAGUGUCCAACCCUCUGACAAUGGGCAGUAUCGCUGUGCAUUCCAAGAUGGCUCCUUCUACAGUGGUGCAGUGAUUGAGUUGAAAGUGGCAGCUCUUGGCUCACAUCCUCAGUUCCAUGUGGAAGUUUUUGAGUCCAGACAAACACAAGUGGUGUGCAAGUCAGAGGGUUGGUUCCCUCAGCCAAAGGUCCAGUGGAUGGACUCUGAGGGAGGAGAAAUACCAGCUGAGUUUGAGACUCACACCCAGGAUAAUGGUGGCUUGUUCCAUGUAACAACAUCACUGUUACUCAAAGAAGCUUCUCGGAAGAAUCUGACAUGUUCUAUCUGGAACCCAGUUCUGAAUCAGAAAAAGGAAGAACAAUUGUCCAUAGCAGUUGCUGAGUCCAACAGUAUGACACUCAUCAUAAUGAGUAUACUAGCAGCUUUGACACUUCUGGUACUGCUGACUUCCAUCGCCACUGGGCUUUAUUUAAACAACAGUCUCAAAAACAGGCACAAAACCAGGAACAAGAUCAAAAUCAGCAAAGUCUCUGCUCAGAGGAAGUCACAUCAAUGAGACUCUAAUACCUC